UUCUGGUGUUGGCGGCCCAAGCAAAGGAGCAGAAAUGGCGCUUCACAAGGAGAAGGAAAAGAAAGAAGAGCAGGUCAUCAGCCUUGAGCCUCAGGUUGUAGAGGGAGAGAAUGUGUUUUGUGUCUGCCAUGUCUUUGCUUCCUUCAACGACACCUUUGUCCAUGUGACUGAUCUCUCUGGCAAAGAAACCAUCUUCGGAGUGACUGAUGGGAUGAAGGUCAGGGCUGACAGAGAUGAAUCUUCUCCCUUUGCUGCUAUGUUGGCCGCUCAGGACGUUGCCCAGAGAUGUAAAGAACUAGACAUCACUGCCCGUCACAUCAAACAUCGGGCCACAGGGGGAAAUAGGACUAAGACAUCUGGCCCUGGUGCACAGUCAGCCCUGAGAGCCCUGGCACGUUCUGGAAUGAAGUUCAGGUGGAUUAAGGAUGUCACUCCAAUCCCCUCUCACAGCACUCGCAGAAAGGGUGAUCACCGUGGUCGCCGUCUGUGAACAUCAUUUGUUGGAUUAUUUUUGUCAAUAAAAGUGUCACAAUGGUCUGUUUGCUUCUGGUAUUCUCAAAUGGUAUACUCUUCCCUCAUGCUGACUGCUUUGAUGUGUGUGCCCCUUUUUUGUCUCACAAAGAUUGUGGCUGUGAUGAAAUAAUGGGAUUUGGCAGAUACUCAAAGACCCGCCUGGAGAUUAAU